UUCAGUUUCAGUCAUCCAAGUUUCUCACCUUUAUCCCAUCUCAUCCACAGUCUCUCUAAACAAUAAAAUGAAUUCCUUAAUGAAACUCUUGGCCUCGCUGUUACUGUUUAUUUUUUCUUUUCUCAUCUUUGGAGAGAUCGAUGUAGCUGAGAGUUCAAGUCAGAAUCAUCCGUUUUCCGGUCGAAAUAAAUUGUUUGUGUUCGGAGAUUCUUACGUCGAUAUUGGAAACACAAAUACUAGUGAUAAGGGGGCAUGGGAAUACCCUUACGGUAUCACUUACCCAGGUAAACCCUCUGGCAGGUUCUCGGACGGCCACAUCUCCACCGAUUUUCUAGCCCAAUUGCUAAGGAUAAAAUUACCUGUGAACUACGCCAAGAAAGAUGACGUGGAUAUGGCACGGUUACAAUACGGAAUGAGUUUUGCGUACGGAGGAACAGGAGUGUUCAAGACUUAUGCUAAUUAUUCUGACAUGACCGCUCAGAUCAAUCUCUUUGAGCAACUCCUCGGCAAUGUCUACUCUCCGUCCGACCUUUCUUCGUCCGUCGCUCUCUUUAGUGUGGCUGGCAAUGACUACAUUACUUUCCUUGCCGGGAAUCACACCAUUUUCGAAAAACUAUUGGGGAUCAGACCACUCAUCGAGAAAGUUGUGAAUCAAACCGAGGUGAAUUUGAGGCGAAUCCGCAGCUUGGGAGUAAAGAAGAUAGCUAUACCAUCAUUGUCACCGCUCCAGUACAUCCCCUUAUUUGCAAACAGCUCCAACCCAAUACAUUACUUCCAAGGCCCUAUUAAGGAUCUAGUAAAAUACCACAACGACUUGUUGCAGAAAUCAGUCGCCAAGCUUAACAAUGAGAGCAAUGAUAUUGAUUCGCCUUUUACCAUCAUAGAUUACUACAAUACCUUCUUGGCUAUCUUCAACAACACAGGAGAAAUCCCAGGGAUUCUGCCGUUUCCAACCCCGUACAUAGAAUGUUUAAGGGAUGGUAAAUUAUGUGAUGAUCCUAGGUCUGCUUUCUUCUGGGAUGGAAUUCACCUUACCCAAGAAGGAUGGAAAUCGGUUUACAAGGUUUUAAGAAAAGAUAUCAUCGCAGCUUUGAUGCCUAAAGCGUAAAACCACUUAUCGGGAUCGAAAAUUAAUAAAACGUAUGUAUUGUGUGGCAGCUCUAGAGGUGCAUUGUAUGAACGAAUAAAGACCUUUGGCUAAUAAAACGUAUUUGAAUUGUAUUGUUGUGGUAUAUCUCUGUCUCUUGUGUGAACGAAUAAAAAGCCUUUGUCUAAUAAAAUAUUUAAAGCUUC